GGGCGGGAGCUGUCCACGGAGGACUCGAGCGCGGUGCCUGAGAUGAUCGAGCGCGAACUGCGGGCUCAGCGCAUGGACAGGCUGGAGAGGGCGGUCGGGGGCGAGAUUAGGCUGCAGGGCAUCGCUUGCGCCCAAGUUCCCAUCGCGAACGAGGAGGGGGCCCGCCACGCCCGCCAGGGCGAGGGCGGCCUCUUUCAGGCCAUGGAGGUCGACGAGGACGGCCGCCGCUACGGGCCAGACGGCCAGGCCAUGGAGGGCCAGGUGGACGAGGUCGCCGCCAGCCAGGCCGAGGAGGCCCAGAUGGACGAGGGCGCCGCCAGCCAGGCCAUGGAGGGCGAGGUGGGCGAGGUCGCCGCCAGCCAGGCCAUGGACGAGGUCGCCGCCAGCCAGGCCAUGGACGAGGUCGCCGCCAGCCAGGCCAUGGAGGGCGAGGCGGGCGAGGUCGCCGCCAGCCAGGCCAUGGAGGGCCAGGUGGGCAUGGGCGGCGAGGACGCUGACACAGAGCUGAGGGGCCCGACAGCGUCGGCGUCGGAGGACAAGGUCGAGGCCACGGUCCCUGCUGGCGACGAGGAGGUGCAAUUGGCCAGGGACAUGGAGCGCUCCGCGACGGGGGCGGCUGAGGAGCUCAUGACGGGGUCUAAGGCCAUGGCGAGGCCACCGCAACAGCAGCCCGAUAUCGACGCUGGCGAGUUUGUGCCGCACCAGGUCCAGGAGGAUGGGGCCACCGCGGGCGCGCCGCCAGCCCCGUUGGCUGAGGACGCGCCGCCAGGCCCGUCAGCUGCGGCGGCGACGCGCGCCCAGUCAGACAAGCCGACAUCGGCACCAGUGAACGUCAUGGACGAGAAGAUCCGAGUCCAGGUGGAGGCGGCGAGGAAGCUGCUCGCGUCCAGCGUGCAGUGCCAGAUGAAGAUGAGCGAAUGGAGCAGCCGCUACGGUGGGGCCGUCAUCAAGACGCUCCUUGAGCAGCAGUUCAAUGGGCAGCCGGAGGGCAUGCUCAGCGCCCAGGCGAUCCUGAACCUUCUCGACGCGGUGGCCCAAAAGGAGGGCGGAGCCCUUCUCGACGCGGAGAGCUCGGCAGAAGAUGUCGCCCGUCCCCCCCGCGAGGGCAAGGCGGCAGUGGGCGGGCUCCCGCCGCUCCCGAGGGGAGACUCAGAGCUCGUCCUCGCGCCAGGGGCCGCGAAGAGCUUGGAGUCGAGGCUCAGCGAGAUCGCGGCGAAGCGCACCCUGUCCGAGGCGCAGGGCAACAUAAAGAGCGUCCCCGCUGAGGUCUUGGCCCAGAUCGAGCAGCUGCAGACUGGGAUUAACGAAGGCCUCAAGGCGAGGAGCAACGUCUACCAGCAGUUUGGCAGGUGGCUGGCGCAGAAGAUCAAGCAGGAUCCGAAGUUCGCUGAGGACUGGGAUGCGAAGGCAGCAGACGACCGCCGCGACAACAGGACCGAGUGGGCUCAGAGGAAGCUGACGGAGCUCAAGCGCAAGUACAUCCACAAGCGCGCGUGCAAGAUGGUGGACGAGAGCGUCGGGACCUACUUCUCGUUCUCCCGCAUCGUCGAGAACGCGACCGCCGCGCGGCGGUACUGCGAGGCGCGCAUCGCCAUGGGCGGCGAGUGGCUGACGUACUGCUCGCUCACGCAGCGCGCGAAGUUCUUCUACGUCUCGCCCCAGCGCCGCGAGGUGAUGGAGAUGAGCUGGUCCGAGCACAUCGAGAACGAGGAUCAUGCCGCUGCCGCGACGAAGAGGGAGGCCCCUGAAGAGGGCGGGGCCGAGCAGCCCAACGCCAAGAGGGGGCGGCGGGGGAGGGCCGCCACUGACGGUGCCGACCCCCGCGCGGAGAUCACGCCAGAGCAGGCCGCCGCGAAGGAGGCCAAGAAGAAGGUGGCGACGGCUGAGCAGGCCGCCAAGAAGAUGCUGUCGCAGUUCCAGCAGCUCACGCAGUCGGUGGACACCAUCAAGCACUGCAUGGCUGCGAUGCCCGAGUGGAAGCGGCUCAAGGACCACAAGAAGAACAUGGACGACCUCGGUGCCGUGGAGAAGGCCGUUGCCUACAGCCGCACGGACCUCUUCAACCGCAUUAUGAGCGAGGAGAUGAAGAUGAUCAAGAAGGACUACGCCGACGCCGACAUUGUCAGGGACUUCAAUCAGAUCGUGACGAAGACCGCAGGGGUGGCAUUGUGGGGCAGCAU